AUGGACGAAGAAUACUUCAAGUAGGCAAUAUUAGCGAAUGAUGUCACGGGCGCACACAGAGAACGAGACGAGAAAUAUAGAGAGCAUGAGAAUAAAUAUAAUUUCUCCGGACUGACAACCCGGGAACCAAUUCGACAAUUAGAAACUUACUCGUAGACAUCCCUGUGGGCUUAUCAAAGCAAAAGAAAAUAUAAAACGUAAAUAUUUCGCACAAAAACACAGAAAAGCUGACUUUGAAGUUAGAAGUAGAAAAAACGUUAAAAACCAGUUAUUCGAACUGGAAACAAUUUCCGUAAUACCUAAAAGCGAGGAAAAAUUCAUUUCCUUUUCGAAAUACAUUAGCAAUACUUUUUCCGUGUAAUUUUUAGAUUCGUUUCGAUUUAUGGCAUCAAGUCAUCGUCUCUCACUUCGUACCCAAACACCCCGGGAUACGUGAAGUUUCGAGAGUUCAAAAAGGUAAUUUACAUCGAAGAUAUGCCGCUUGUAAUGAGAAAAGGUGUGUGUCCAUACGAGUACACGGAUAGUUGGGAAAACCUGGAAGAAGCAUGA